AUGGACAGGUCGCGCUACCACUCCCCGCUUGCUCUGCUUCCUCUGCACCUCCUCCUCUGCCUCGUCUCGUUCCACGCCUGUUGCGCCGCGUCCAUCACCACCGGCACCCCCGACGGCUCGGAGCUGUGGGGGUACGUCGAAGUACGGCCAAAGGCGCACCUGUUCUGGUGGUACUACAAGAGCCCGCAGAGGACGUCGACGCCGUCGCAGCCAUGGCCGACCGUUCUCUGGCUGCAGGGCGGCCCGGGCGCGUCCGGGGUCGGGCUCGGUAACUUCCUGGAGAUGGGGCCGCUGGACGUCGACCUCAAGCCGCGCAACUCGACGUGGCUCCAGAAGGCCGACCUCAUCUUUGUGGACAACCCGGUCGGCACAGGGUACAGCUACGUGGAGGACGACUGCCUGUUCGUGACCAGCGACUGGCAGCAGGCCGCGGACAUGACGACGGUGGUCAGGGGGCUGGUGAAGGAGGUGCCCACCCUGGCGACCAGCCCGCUGUUCCUGGUCGCCGAGUCCUACGGCGGCAAGUACGCCGCCACGCUCGGCGCGUCCGUCGCCAGGGCCGUCCGCGCCGGCGAGCUCAACGUCACGCUCGGAGGUGUGGCGCUUGGAGAUAGCUGGAUCUCGCCGGAGGAUUUCACGCUCUCCUACACGCCACUGCUCCUGAGCGUGUCGAGGCUGGACGACAACGCCGGCGACGAAGCAAACAAGAAGGCGGAGACAGUUAAGGACCAAAUCGUGGCGGCGCAGUGGGCCGCCUCGCACAAGUCAUGGGUCAGCCUGCUAGAUUUCAUCGACACCAAGAGCGGCAACGUCGACGUGUACAAUUUCAUGCUUGACUCCGGCAUGGACCCGGUGGCACUCGACAUACCUGUGGGUUCAUCACCGAUGAGCAGCUUGCAGGUCAUGAAGUACUCGACGUCCCAUCGCGGCCAGGACUCCCAACCUGACUCCAACACCAUUGACGGCAUCAUGAAUGGGGUCAUCAAGCAAAAGCUCAAGAUAAUCCCCAAAAACUUCACGUGGGUGGAGGUCUCCAAUGCCGUCUACUUUGCGCUGAUUGAUGAGCUGCUGUCCUAUGGUGUGAAUGUCACGGUGUACAAUGGGCAGUUUUCAGUACUGAUGAAUGUGAUACGUGUUUUCGCCUUCCUGAAGCUCGACGUAAUCUGCUCUACUGACGGGCGCAGAAGCAUGGGUUCAGAAGCUCAAAUGGGAUGGGCUGAAGACCUUCCUGAGCCUGCCGAGGCAGUCUCUGUACUGCGGCACCAGCAAAGGAACCAAGGCUUUCGUGAGGUCCUACAAGAACCUGCGCUUCUACUGGGUUCUUGGAGCUGGCCACUUUGUUCCAAGGACUUGCCAUUCUCAUACAUUAAGAUCCCUCUGAGAGCAUCUGCCACUGUUGAAGUCCCUGUUACAGUCCAUGUUUCACGCAUGGGAGCUCUAGAAGGAAUUAAAGGGGAGGUGCUCCCACGAUACUUCAACAACAAUCCAGCAAAUCCUUGCUUCGACCAAGCACGUAGUGGACCAGUGGAUUGA